AAAUGGGUUUUGGAGAGACUUCCGGCGACGGACCGGAGUUACCUGAAAGUAGGUGGGGGUGUGUGCCCCUCCCUUCAGUGUUCGAGGUUCUCUUUAUCCUGGAAGAGGCGAACCGUGCGAAUUGACGACUUUGAACACUUUAAAAGAAGCUGCUCGGGCUUUUUUUUUUUUUUCGGACAGCGGCAACAUGCAUAUUCGAGAAUUCCGAAUCGUCCUGCCCAUUUCAGUGGAUGAGUAUCAAGUGGGCCAGCUGUAUACAGUAGCAGAAGCCAGCAAGAAUGAGACCGGUGGAGGAGAGGGCGUUGAAGUGUUGGUCAAUGAGCCCUAUGCGAAAGAUGGGGAGAAGGGACAGUAUACCCACAAGGUCUACCACCUAAAGAGUAAAGUGCCACGCCUCAUGCAAGUACUUGCUCCAAAGGGUUCUCUUGAGGUUCAUGAAAAGGCCUGGAAUGCAUAUCCCUACUGCAGAACCAUUCUCAGUAAUGAAUACAUGAAGGAUAAAUUCAUAAUUAAGGUUGAGACAUGGCACAAGCCGGACAUGGGAGAACAGGAGAAUAUACAUGGACUCGACAAAAGUGAUUGGGAAAAAACUGAAGUUAUCAACAUUGAUAUUGCUGACAGAAAAUGUGUAAGCGACAAGGACUACAAAGAAGAUCAGGAUCCAGCCAAGUUUAAGUCAGAAAAAACGGGAAGAGGGCCCCUGGGUCCUGACUGGAAGAAAGAAGUUCUCAACAACCCUAGCUGUCCACAUAUGUGUGCCUAUAAACUAGUCACAGUAAAGUUCCAGUGGUUUGGCCUGCAGUCAAAGGUGGAGAGCACCAUUCAAAAGAUUGAGAGGCGUAUUUUCACUCACUUCCACAGACAGUUAUUCUGCUUGAUUGAUAAAUGGAUUGAUCUUUCCAUGGAUGACAUCCGGAAAAUGGAGGAAGAAACCAAGAGAGAGCUGGAUGAGAUGAGGCAAAAGGAUGAGGUCAAAGGCAUGGACAUGGAUGAAUGAGGGGUUGGUAGCUCUCAUGCAGACUCCCCCCAUGACACACUGGACCAAGAACUUUCCCUCCUGAUCCAAGAAUACUACAGUGCUUCAAUUUUAAAGCAAUUGGGUUUAUUUAUGUACCUAAAUACAAAAUCAGUAGCAUCAGUCGACAUGUUUGCGAGGUGCUUAAACCUUGUAAAUUGACUGGCACGAGGCAAAAUUUUUCGGUUAUCCUAUGUCAGUGAUUUGUCAUGUCUCGGUUGUACUCGAUUGGUGCAUUACCAUUUCAUUGUUGAUUUGCCUACAAAAAAAAUUAAAUUGCCAGACUUUUAAUACAUUUCACCUUUUAAUGCAAUGAAGCACAUGUUGCCUUUGGGACUUCUGUCUUGGCAGUGACUAUUGUUUGGUGCUAACAGACGAUCCUCUGUUCACCUGUUUCCGGUUUACAUGCCAUGGGUUUCACUAAAGCUCUAUGAUAUUGAGAAUUUCCAUUUUAAAAGGCUCAUUCGGAGGAGGAUGGAAAUACUGAUGUGCAGUGGCUGGUUGAGCUUACUGUUGUUUGGUAAAUUCGAACUUUUUUUUUUUUCUUUUUGGGUGCAGGUGCUAUGGUUAGUAUUAUUGUACUGACAGCUUUGCAAAGAUUUGGUCGUCUUCUUUCUUACAUGACAUAUUGGUUUUAAAGUAAUCUGUUGGGGUGUCUACAUUCAAGUGUAUAUUAAAUGUACAAUUUUGUCA